AUGAAGGCCGUCUUGCCGGGAAACCCGCGGUCGAGGCUCCAGGGGCUAGCCUCGGGUUACUGGGACUCUCGACACAUCAACGUAUAUAUUACAGGCAGCGCCUUUACAAUACUGGAAGGAUGCCAUAAAAUUCUGCAGACAAUCUAUGACGAGGGAGAACAAACCCUAGAAGCUAUCGCAUUUGAUGAGGCAACAGGCAAGAUUGCUACUUGUACGCUGACCCAAGUUCGUGUAUACAAACCACUUGGAUCGUGCGAGGACACAUUGAAGUGGGCGCUUCAAGUGACUGUCGAUGUUCCCUUCCCCAACCCCGACGAAACGCCCUGUACAUUAUCCUGGGGCAGCUCCGAGGAGCUUUUGGUAGCCACCCGAUGCCUAUCCCUAUUCGAUACCAAGACCGAACCGAGGUGUCUCUGGCAGAAAGAGCUGCCGAGCAUCGCAAAAUAUGCCAUAAUAUCAUACGACUCGAGAUACAUUGCUUCGACGGGUUAUCAUGACCACUUAAUUAAGGUCUGGCGCAGACUCAACUUUGGCGCCGACGAAGUUCGCUUCGAUCUCACAUAUCUUCGACACCCGAACAUUAUAACAUCGGCGAAGUGGCGUAGGCCAUUUCAUGUAGAGCAGGCCUCGGAUAACGUCUUGUACACUGUAUGCCUUGAUAAAUGCAUCCGCGUGUGGACGCCGACUGACACGCUUGAUGGGAAACAUUGGCAGCUAUGGGGCCAGGUCGAUGUCUCUGCGCCGUCACAAGAAAACCCUGAAGGUGUCGACAUGCGUUUUGCUCUAGUACUUGAUGGAAGAGAUUUCACAGCCUCUGUCGAACAAGCCGUGCAGGCACGAAUGUCUGAUGACUUGAACACAGAAGACCCUGUCGCUCUCGACCACCUGGUCGCGAUUGCAACCAAAAACCCAGAGAUCUGCAUAGCUUUUGAUGGGAGAGGAAUCAUGUCGGCCUGGGCCCUGGAGAACGUCAGUAGCACUACUGCAAACUCACCAACUCUGUUCAAGGUGGCCCAGGUUACCGACGUCCAUUUUGAACUUCUUGGUAAAUUUCUAUCAGCUCACGACACCCCCCAUACCGAAAUCCAGACGUAUUGCGACAAAGAAAGUGGCAAGGUUCACUUCAUGAUGCACGCAUUUGAUGGGAGGAUAGGCGUCUUUAGUGGAAGUGUCGCCGAUCUAUUUGAUCCUACCACGAACGAUCGGCGUCUCUCACUACAAACGAUCUGGUCUGGUCAUUCAACUUCUAUCACCAAGAUCGUGCGAAACUACAGCGGCCGAGCAGUAGUCUCUCGCACGCAGGAUGGUGAGAGUAUUGUCUGGAAACAUCUGCUGGCUCCCCACGAUAACUCAGGCCUUGCUCUUACGAGGGCGAGCGUCAUACCAGAAAAUGGUCAUAUACAUCGAAUAUGUGUAUUGAGAAAGGGGCGGACUCGUCGAGCUGCUCUCCUCGCCCAACGUGAUUACAAGGUUGUAGGAAAACCACUUUGUCUUAUCAUAUUACCUCGGUCAGAUGUCAAGAACUAUACCGUCGCCCAUAUCGCAACUAUAACCUCGGAAGGACAAGGUAUUGUAUGGGAGAUUCAAUUGCCCCGUUACUUCGAUGAUCCCAAAACAGUAGUGGGCACUGGUCUUGGAGAGUUGAGCCGUUUCGAGCUCAAGGACAUAAAAAACCUGGCAUACGUUUUACCAGUAGAUCCUGCUGGCUCUCAACCUGUCGUCUCAGGAUUUCUGGACAUCUUUGCUCGCGAUAUCGCCAUUUCCUAUACCCAUACAGGCCGCGUGGACUUCUGGACUGCACGAGUUGACCCUGAACAGCGUAGUGUCGGAUGGCUGUCUACAUGCACUACAGAGACGGGUAUUUCCCAGCCAGCAUUGGUUAGUGGAAGUACCUUGAAGAAAGCUGCUUUGGUGAACAUGUCGCGAUCGCAGCUUACGAUUUGGGACAUCGGUGGUGCUCGCCUCGAGUACGAAAAUAGCUUCCAAGAACAUCAGGUUAUUCAAGACUUGGACUGGACAUCAACACCGGAUGGACAGUCAAUCCUUGCGGUCGGUUUCCCUUAUCGAAUCAUACUUCUUUCCCAAAUGCGAUUCGAUUAUCUAAACAAAGGUCCAGCUUGGGCUCAGAUUCGUGAAAUUAGUAUUCGAGAACUCACACCACACCCAAUUGGCGACUCGACGUGGCUGGGUGAUGGCCACUUAGUCAUCGGCGCAGGUAACCAAAUGUUUGUACAGGACAGGCAUGUUGGGGUCUCUGAGUCAAUGAAGGCGGACCUGCGGCUUCCCUUACGCAAAGACGGCAACCUGGACUUGUUCCAGGUCGUUCAACGUUUCAACGGACCUUUGCCAGUAUUUCACCCCCAGUUUCUCAUUCAAUGCAUCUUAUCAGGGAAGGCUACGCUUGUGCGGCGCAUUCUAGUGGUUUUGUACAAGACAUUAAAGUAUCAUAUUGAGGGCGAGUCCCUGGAUGAUUACCUGGGGAUGGACAUGACCGAUUUCUAUGUGCCUGGGCAAAGCCACACCUUGGCUAGUGACAGGUCUAACGGGGUCUAUCUCAAUGGAAAUCAGACUGACGAUAUCGAUGAUGACGAUGUUUUCACCGAACAGACUGCCGUAUCAAUUAAUGAAAAACUAGUCAAGACUAACAUUCCACAACUUUCUGGGCACGAGCAAAUUCAACUGGCAGACAUUGUCGAAUGUGUAUCCCUUGUUGAACGUCACCGCCGUUCAAUGGACGAAAAUGGUGCUCGAUUCAUGCUGCUAUUCCGUCAGCAUGCUCUCCGCAAAGGACGUACUAAUGAAAUGCAUCUUUCAUGGCGAGAAAUCAACUGGGCCUUUCAUUCCAACAGCCAAGACAUUCUAGUAGACUUCGUAUCGCGACAGAACCACGGCAAUAUGUUGUGGGAGCAUGCCCGCGAAAGCGGCCUUUUUAUGUGGCUGACCGACCCAACUGCACUGAAAGCCCAGUUUGAGCUGAUUGCCCGGAAUGAAUAUACAAAAAACGAAGUCAAGAAUCCAGUCGAUUGCAGUCUAUAUUACCUUGCCCUUCGUAAGAAGACUAUUCUUCAAGGCUUAUGGAGAAUGGCAAACUGGAACAAGGAACAGGCAGCGACUCAACGAUUGUUGGCAAACAACUUUGAAGAUCCCAAAUGGAGAUCAGCAGCCCUGAAGAAUGCCUAUGCUUUGCUUAGUAGGAGGCGUUUUGAAUAUGCUGCUGCGUUUUUCCUUCUUGCUGACCAUCUCCAUGACGCCGUUCAGGUUUGCUUGAAUCAGCUCAAAGACAUGCAACUUGCUAUAACUAUAUCUCGGGUAUACGAAGGUGACGGCGGACCGGUGUUGCGCCGACUGCUUCAAGAUACAGUUUUGCCACUCGCAGCCCAAGAAGGCAAUCGCUGGCUAGCUGCAUGGGCGUUUUGGAUGCUUGGCCGGAAGGAUGUUGCAGUACGAGCACUCAUUACUCCGGUCUAUACCCUCCUGGAAACACCUUGCUCCCCCGACAUCAAGUCUCGGCUGUACCUAACCGACGACCCUGCUUUGGUCGUACUCUACUCCCAUUUGCGUCACCAAACGUUACAGACUUUAAGAGGAGCAUCUAAGAUUACCCCGAAAGUCGAGUGGGAGUUUGUGCUGCAUAGUGCAAAGCUGUAUGACCGCAUGGGUUGUGAUCUUCUUGGGCUGGAUAUAGUGCGGAACUGGGAGUUCCAAAAGUAUCCGGGGGCCAGCGGCCUGGGUGGAGAGGUUAAUCCCCUCAAGCUGCUGCGAAGGAGAAGCUCGCUGGUAGUUGCUGACUUACCGUCACCCACUCUUCGCUUUGAGCCACAUCGAGACAACAAGAAGACAGUCAAGGCGCCCCCGACGACUUUUGAAGAGCCAGAUGCAGGGUCCCUUCUGGAUAGCUUUGGGUUUUGA